AUGGCGUCUGUGGGGUUCGGCAGCAGCGUGGCGGCCGUGGCGCCGGCGUUGUCGACGGCGGGGAGGACGAGCCUUCGCCCGCAGCGGACGCGGCUGGCGGUGCCGGCGGCGACGAGGGGCACGCCGGCUCCGGCCAAGAAGGAGAAGAGCAUCCUGGACUUCAUCGUCAGCGCCAUCGUCAAGGACGAGCAGGAGUUCAUCGAGACCAACCCGCUGCUCAACAAGGUGGACGGCCCGGCGCCCUCCGCCGGCGGCACCGCCUCCAGGAAGGCCGGCGGCACCACCGCCGGCAAGAAGCCCGCGGCCGACAGCGAGGGCGGCGGCGGGUUCAACCUCGGCGGCCUCUUCGCCAAGAAAGGCUAG